AUGGCCGAUGAUGAAGAUGACGAUCCGGUCGUGGCAGAGGUUUGUUAGGUUAUCAUUGGAGAUAGAAAUGCACCAGUUACGUUGGAAGGUUAUCAUUUGAGACAAAAUCUCUGUAUACAUCCACAGGUGGACGUUUAUCUGGCCCAGACUUUGGCCAACAACCUCUACUUGUUUCAGGUACUACUUAUUCUUCUCAAACAUAACGAAUCUUUCCGUAUAUUUGACAUGAGCAAAGGAUUGUCAACUUUGAGUAUAAUAUUUGAGAGAAAGUUGUAUUAGCGACAAACGGUUCACACAGUUCGACUUUAAUUUCCGAAAGGGCUUAUGUUGACUUCGAAAAUUUAAGUUAACUUUGAGAGCUGCACUGGUUUGACAGAUGUGCUUAAAUUUCCACCUUGCAGUAAAACUGACAUUUUUGUAUUAUCCACUUCUUGUUAAGUGUGGCCCUACUGUUCUCAAGCUUCCAUAUUUUGCCUAUGCAAUGCUUCCAAAUAUUUGCCUCAACGAGUAACUUGCCACAGGAUAUGACAAUUCCUAGGUUUUGAUUCGCGUGCUGACCUUUGUGCUCUUCAGAAAAUUACUCUUGUGCAUGCUGUUUCAGAGAAGUCGUGAAAAUAUGUAAAUUUCUGAAUAGUUUAUAAGAUGUGUAAUCUCUUUAAAAACAAGUGGACAAGCUUUCAAAGAUAUAGGCCCAUACAUUAUAAGUCUAGGGGAAAGGGGAAACCAAUGUAUAUGAGGCCUUUUCAAAUUUUUUUGCAACCUUUUUCUAUUGUUUGCAUGUUUAUAAGUGUUUGGGCCCAGUGUAAAAUUGAAAGUUCUUACAGCCCAAGAAAACAAAAGUCUCACAACUUGAUUCUGAAGGCUCAUAGUAAAUUUAUGUCAAGGCUUUUAUCUCACUUGCAAUGGAUUCAAGUGUUACUCUUCAUUAUAUUAUAGGUUUGAGACUGAUUGAGAUUUUUUUCUUUUCAUGGUUGAAUAACAACAAUCUGACUCAACAUGUUUGUUUUGCAGUAUCCAGUCCGUCCAGCUGAUAUUACUUAUGAUAAUAUCCCUCAUAUUGGAGCAAGAAUCAAACCAGACCAGCAAAAGGUGAGUGAGAAAGUAGAGUAAAAUUAUUGAGCUGAAAGUCUAAAACUUAGAAUAGAAUUCUGGCUAGCUCAGGUUAUAGAGCAGACUGCAUGCAAGAGGUCAAAGGUUUGAGCCCUAGGAGGAGACCAAUUGUGUAGUCUGUUUCUCUGAGGAGAUGCAGUGUAUCUCUCUGUUGUAUUGUUUCCUGUCCAAGAAUUGCUUCUAUUGUGUGUCCUUAAUGAAUAACAGACAGUCUUGGAUAGAGAGAUGGAUGUCUUUUGAAAGUACAUGGAUGUACCUGUUAUACCUUAAUUGCAAAAUUUAUAAAUUAUCUACUAAUAUACUUUUGUCCCGGAUUUUCAACUGUGAGUUUAGGUUGAACUCGAGCUGUCAAUAAACACAAGUAGUGAUAACUAUUAUGCACCCAGAGGAGAACAAAUCGCACAUGAUGUGGAUGGCUCUGCUUUGUCAUCUGUCUCUGAAGGAAAAGAAUCAUUUUUUUCCAGGUACUAACAUCUCCAAAUUCCUUUUGAAAAUUGACCAUAGUAUGUCUAUUAACAGAACUUUUAAAGCAAUACUGGUUAAUGUAAAAUUUGAUACUCAUUCUGUACAAUUUAUCACUUUUUCAUUUUUUUUCCAAAGAGAAUUUGAUUAGCUGUCAAGCUCCUUUCAUUAUAUUCCCUUGUGCUGAGCCAAGCUGGUAAACAUUUUUCUUUUGGUCAGGUAUAAGCCAGUAAACAACUGCAGGAUUUUGAAAUGCCCUAGUUGUUCCAUAGGAAUACCUUUUUUUCAUAAUGAAGUGUAUGUUGUUUUUUUUUCCUCACUCUUAUUAGUGAUAAGAUGGAUAAGCAAGUGCUUUCUUCAUCAAGAGCUGCAGAGGAUGUGAGUCGAUAUUCUGUGGGCAUUCUCAAAGGAGGUACCUAAGUAGAAAGUAUUUCCUUGCUUAGUUAUGAGGAAAUAGUUAUUGCCAUAGUUGGCAGAUGUACAUAUAAUAGAGCUUGAAAAUCAAAAGACUUACUGUAAACACUGGUAUCUAAACUGUGCCUUUUCCCAAAAUUUUUUUAACAAAUCAGGGUUGCAGGUUCUUUAUGACUGUCUGGAAAAAUAUGUUGCAAAUUUGCAUAGAUAUGAACUGCUGGUACUCAUCAGAAAUGUACAAAUCUGUUGUAAACCAACAAGAACUUUAUAAAAAUAUACUAGGAUAGAAAUAUUGUUUUGUCAGUUUGGUAGCUUCUUUAAGAGCCAUAUCUGUUCUUAAGUGCAAGCUUAUAUUCCAAAUCUUCUUCAUUAAGAGACUGUUUUAUUGGUUUAAGGUCACCUAAACUUCUUUGAGCAGCUUUAAACUUUACUAGACAAAGAACCCUGCUGUAUAUUACUCUGAUGAAAUUUAUUGUUCUAAAAGCUACUUGUGUCCCCUUUCUUCCAAACAAAUGCCUGGCUGCUAAGCUACAAGCAACCCAACCAACAAACUUAAGAUUUCCUGUUGUUUUAUGUGAAUUCUGUUGAAAAUCUGACAGGAAUGAGAAAAACAAAAAACUGGUUGAAGAAUACCAGAGUAAGUUCAAAGAUAAGUCUUUGAUGUCUGUUCUAUUACUAACAGCUGAAACUAUGAGUAAGGAUUCAAAGUAUUGUAGUAUUCAUAUGUCCAACAAAGCAACCAAAAUAAAGCAACUUUCUUUAAGACUCUACUUGUGAUAUCUUUUGGUUUGCUUUCAAAAAACUUUUUUUUCCAAAAUUUGAGUUAAAAAAACUCAAGGUGUGGCUUAUCUGCAAGUGCAUCCUAUACACCAGUGUUUACAGUACUUAAACACAAGGCACUGCUAACAAAGUUUUAUACUUGAUUUUUGUUGGGUUAUCUAACAAACUCUUUCCAUUUUGAUUGCCUGACUUUUUAUUUAUUCAGUUAUGGAGAAUUUCUCCUGUUACAUUAAACUUUUCUUCUGCUACUACAUUUCUUGGUAAAAACCCCAAAGUAGGAUUUGAAAGGUCAAUAAUUAUACUAUGUUAACAAUAGCAAACAUUUUGCCAAACAAUAUGCUUUUUGGGAUAUCAGAAACAUCUGUUCCUGCAUGAAGACCUAAUGUGAGAGCCUUGUACAAGGCAGGUUGAAUUCUCUUCAACCAUGGAAUGAUCGUCAAGAAAGCAUAAACUAUGCACAAAUUACCACUUGCCCCGUCACACUACCUAUGAACAGUGCAAUGAAAUUCAGAAAACCACAACUUUAAAGGAUGUUUAUGGUUUGUCUGACUACUUAUGAGAGAAGUUUAUAAUGUAAAAUUUAUUGAACUUUACAGGAGAGUUGCACCUGACACCUGUACAUGGUGUAUUACAGCUCAGGCCAAGUUUUGAAUACCUUAACAAGGGUGAAGCAAAUGUGAAUCAGGCUUCCAAUCCUACAGAUGAAGGUAACCCACAGAGCAAUUAAAUAAUUUACACAUAAUUGAUUUCAUUUGUGGUUUUCAGUCAGAGUUUUCUCUUAUAAUUCAUAUUUUUUCUUGGAUAAAAAUUUGUCACACUAGUUUAAUUUUUUUUGUUUUUGUCUUUAAUUGAUUAUCAUUUUGUGAAGUAAAGGAAGGAAAUAAUGAAUUAGUUUGAAAUGCCAUUUUGCUAAGAAUUUGGAACACAAUAAUUUUUAUAAUUUCAUCAUUACCUUUUAGGAUACUUCCUAAUUAAAUAUAACAACUUUAUUACUGUAGCUGGGAUUACUAUGUGUGAUAAAAUGCCUCUUUUUUCAUCAGGAGAUUCGCAAGAUGAGGAAGAGGAGGCAAAACCACUCACUGUUAGUGAUGCUAGCCCUCAUACAUGUACAUGUAUUAUUAAUAUUACAUUUAGUCUCAUAUAAUCCUUGGUCAUUAGCAUCUUUAGGAUUUUCUUUUAGCACUAUCAUGUGACAUGACAAUUUUGCAGUAGUGUUUUUUUAUGCAUCUUUGAUGUCUUGAGAUGGACUACUCCUUCCACUGCUUACUCUUCAGAAAUCAAGGUUAUAUUUCAUCAGAAGAAGUUUAUAGGACCAAAGAGAAUCUGUAAAAACGAGGGGACCUCAAGGGCUGUGACAGUUUCUGUUCCAGCUUUCAUGAGAGAUUUAUUUGUUAUUCUCAAGAAGCUAGUUGAGUUUUUCUUGGUAGUGCUUUGUGCAACUCUUAAGCCCAUCUCAAACAUUCCACAUGCAUCACUAACUUAAUUUAAUCAAGUGUAACAAGAACCAAUACUUAAAAAUAUGGGUAUGCAAUAUUCAGAAAAUAACUAUAUGUUAUUUGUAGCUUCUUAAACAAUUUUGAAAAUGUCCUGCCCCAAUAAUUUUCCAGGUCAAGUUUGCACGCCCUGAAACAGAGCGGGCAAAGGCUCAGCGGCUGUCAUCUUUUAAAUACUUGGAGCAAAAGAAAGCAGAAGAACCCUGGAAAACCAUGGAAUUUUAUCAUCCUCAGGUACUGUUUUGUGAUUGCAUAAUUUUAAUACAUGACAGCUAGAGUGAACUCUAGUGAGCAAGGUCCCACUAACUUUUGUUUAUAGCAGCCAUAGGAGCAACAGUGGAACCUGAAAGAUUCCUUAAAGGGAGUGUGGGUUACAAUGAUGGAGGUUUCACAUCAACUUGACUCUGAUGAUAACUUUUCCUUGGCUUGCUAAUAUUUCAGUUGCUAUCAUUGACACCAUUUUUGUUCACGACUAUUCACAUCAGAAUGAUCAAACUACACCCUCAAAAUACAUAUAUUUAUGUUCACCAUUUGCUGUUCUUUUAUUUCUGUUUCCUUUUUUCCUUCUAGAAUGAUAUUGCUGGUGUAGAACAUAGUUUGUUAUUUUGUCGAGAAAUGGAAUCAGAGUCACCAGAGUUCAACCUCCAUCCAAGGUAUUUUUAAUUAAAUUACUGUGACUUUAUGAAAAACAUUUAUUUUUUUCUCAGAGGGCAUGUUAAUGAAUCCUGCAAUCUGUUUGGUUCUUAGUGCAGUCUUAUCUCUGCCCACAGGCUCAGGAAUGCUUUUUUGAGUCGCUAAGUACAUCCCUAGCUUUGAUGCCAUUUUUCAAACAUACAUUUGAAUUUUAAUUACAAUUACUUCCCUUGCAAUUUACUUACUGAGCUGAGGUAUUCUUUUUACAUCGAUCAUUGAUGGAAGGGAAUGAUACUUUCUGUACGAUCGUAGAGUGUUUGUUAAGAAAAAGUUUCUGUGACAGUCAUUGAACUUGAGUUUGUUUGCCAAACUGGUGCUGUUGUUUUUUCAAAAGUGUACAUAAUUAGGCUUUUUUACACACUCUCUACUUGACAGGUGUCAGAUUAUGACAGAGUCCAGUAAAACAAAUGUUUCAAAGUUUGUUUUGAAGCCUUUUAAAUCACAUUUACAAUUACUAGCUACCAAUUGGCUUGUCAGCUCAGUUACUAGCUCCCAAUUGGCUUGUCAGCUCAGUUGGUGGAGCACUGCUAUAGUAUUUUCAACAUCAUGGGUUCAACUCUUACAUAGGCCUGAAUUUUUUUUCAGGUUUUAUUUUCACUACUGCUAAAGCAGUGUUCAUUACUGCAAAGAUUACUGUCAUAUUCAUGUGUUGUAAAUAAUAUUAUCAUCAAUAAUAGAUUUUUCUGGCAUUCACCAAGAUAUGUUGGAUUGAAGGAAAACCCACAACAAAACAGAACAAAGUGAAGACAUUACUAAACAUGCAGGGUUAAUGUCAUUAUGGAGUAAAAUAAUUGAUAGCUUGUAUUACUAAUUGCACAAGUGUCAGUUGGAGAGUGCUGAAUUGACAAAUGGAAACAGUCCCAAGAGUUAGAUUUGAUCUUCUCCCUUCAGAUUUAGAAAUUAGGUGUACCUUAACUGUGCAAAAAAAUUUGCCUUUUUUUGAGCGAUCUGAUCAGCAACACUCGCAUCUUACAGCCUCUAAUUGUUGAUUGAGGUAUCAUGAAUAUGGUGGAUUAAGAAGUCAUGAAAUGAAGAAAGUGAAUAACAACAGGAAGCCUUUGCAACUGAAAAGUUGAUAGUAAACUGUUAUGCAUCUUUCCACCACCCGACAGUGAAUUAUUUGGAUCCCAAUUGGGAUUUCUUAUAUACCAGAAAUUUGUCACUCUAUGAUGUUUUUUUGUUUUCCUUUGUCAGCUGUGUGAUUGCAUGUUAUGGCAAACAAGGGACAUUCAGUGUGUGCAAAGUAGUGAAUGCUUUAUGGUCUGAGGUCAUCACUAUCAUGUGUGGCAAUGUUAGUUGUAUUUUUGAAUAUUAAACCUUGUUUUUGUGUUUCUCACAAUUGUCAUUUUUUAAAUAGGGAUUACUUGAAGUUAUUGACUCCAUCUACUUCUCAGGAAGAAAGGUAUUGAGCUUCUUAUUUUUGUUUUUGUUCCUUGCUUAAUCAGGUCCAGUGUAAAGGUGAAACUCAGCGGAGUUUUAAAAUUUGUUUCAGCCACAUGAUUUCUGCUGAGGACAUGAAUGUGUUCACAUUUUAGGCCAAUUUUAUCUUUCAUUUUGUACCACCAAUGGGUGGAAAGACUUCAUAGUCAGCAGUUUUUUGAUUAGAUUUGCUGUAAUUUCCCAACUGACUGUUGAUAAUUUUUCAGUUCCAAGCCACCUGUACCCAGUAAUGUGUUAUCCAUGACACAGCUCAAGACUAUGGACUUGGCAGAUCAAGUCAGGGCUCUUCUUAUCAAGGGUGAGUUCUUUAACUUGCUUUUUGUGUAUCAAUUGGAUAUACAAUCAAAUUUCUCAAAAACUUAUACAACAACAGAGUGUACCAAGACCAAGAUAGGAAUGGAAGGAUCCUGUGGUGGUCAAUGCUUAUCAUUCUGUUUGCAAAGUGGGAAGAUGUACCAGUAAUGGUUUCUUUAGAUUUUUAUUUACUCUCUUUAUUCUUAUGUGUUAUUCUGUCCAUCUCCAGCCAAAGUGAUCAGUUUCUCACAGCUCUGCAGACUCUUGUCCCCAGCAGCAAAGGAAGCAUCAGUAUUGAAAUGCUUACAGCAAUAUGCUGUCCUGGUGCAGGGUUGCUGGGUAGUGAAAAGGUAAGAGCCUUUUUGCUGGAACCUUCUCUUUGGUACAUUUAAGUAUACACAAUAUGGCAGCUUAUUUUUCAACAGUAUUUCAACUGAAAAUAUUCUUAGUUGUGGUGACUUGGCAGUGGGUAAUGUGUUUUUUUUUUUCUGAGAGUGAGUUGUUGUAUCCAGAGGGAACCAUCAGUCCUAGUGGUGGAAUUGCUGCUGAUAUUUUAUGCAAAGGAAGAGACUAUUUAGUAAGUUCAGGAAUUUUUGUUUGGUUAUGAGAUUUUUUACCUCAAGACAAAAUUGUUUUUUUUCUAUUGCAUUACAAUACCAUUCAAAUGAUAUCUUUGAAGGGAAUGGGCUCAACUUGAAGCAAUUAUUUUCAACUGCAAAAAUUUCACAACCUUUAGAAAUUGCUUACAGUCAUGAACAAGGAAGAGGAGGAGGUAUAUAUUAAGAGAAUUUCUGCUAGCUUUUGGAUGGACCUUGCUUCCCCUAACAAGAGCUUCAUGUAACAGGUAGUUGUGCUUGGAAAGGGGCUGCAAGACAAAACCCAAACACGGGAGCCUCCUUUAAAGCUAAAUAGACUGCUGUAAGAGGAUUUGUAGGUGGAGGUAGACUGGUGGUAAGCGGCUCUUAAAGAAACACCCAUGGUUGUAGAAGUUACCUUGAUUUAUUUAUCAGCACAUCAGUCCUCAUGUAUGUAGAGACUGGUUUGACCUGCCUUAGAGGUGAUUCUCACUUUUGCUAUUUCAAUUUGCUUAUUGGCUUCAUUUUUAUACAAUUUCUUUGUAGAUGUGGAGAUUUACCCAGAGCAGAGUAGUUGUACGAAAAGAUAUCAAAUCAGUUACAAAGGUCAGAUUUGACUUCAUGUACAGUACUCCCUGCCUCCUGCAUCAAUAAUAAUUUAACCCCCCUAAAAGAAUCCAGUAUCUAAUUUCUCCUUCCAAUAUUGCCCCUGAAUCAAACAUUUAGGUCACAAGAAUAAAGGAAACGAUCACUUAUUUUAAGAAGCUCUUGUUUGUUCAACAAAUUCUCUUCGUCAGUACUUUUGGAAAUGUAUAGAGAACAGUUUGGAGAAUAUGCAUACUGAUGUUGGGUGUAAAGGGUUGAAAUGAUCCCCACAUUUGUUACACUUUAUGAUUUUAUAGUCAUUUUACGUACUUGUCUUGUUUUAUUGACAAGAAAUAAUUUGUUGUAAAAAUUAGCCUAAAGCAAACAGUACAUGCAGAGCCGAUUGAAAGCAACACUUUUCAUGUCUAUGAGGACAGAAUGUGUCAUUUCUCUGGUGACGAAGAGGCACAUUUAGUAGCAUCUUCUGAAAGUCUAUGGUGUAGACGUCAUAAUUAGCUGUACAAUUACUUUUUAACAAUCAGCAAUUCUUGUCUUUUUCAGUUACCGAGUGAGGACAUCAAAGAAAUGCUAGAUCAGGUGAGCUGACAUAAUCAAUUGCAAGGAUUUAUCAAAGAUGUAAUAUGUAUCAAUAUAAAUAUUAUCAAUUCAUUCAUUGAUUGUACGCGCAAGACUAAGAGAAAACUCUUAAAUCCCGCUCUGCAAAGAAUUACGGCUGCAACCACCUGUUCAGCAGCUAUGAUCUCACACUGAGCUCAUUAGAAGAACUUCAUGGACAAACAGGACAAGCAUUUUAGCAUUGUUUAUAUGAAUUAAAUGAAGACCGUAUCCUUUGGAUGACAAUUUUUUUCUCAUUAAUCGUUUACCAGAUAAUAUGGACAGGUUCGAUAAUACCCUUUCGGAAUUAGCCUCUAUCUCAUAUACAGGAGAAAAUUGGGAUCUCUUCUAUAUACGUGUACGCUAUUUUUGAUCAUAUUCCUUUACGGGGAGAAAAGAAGUCAUUCGCAUUUUUCACGCCCUCGAUAUGUGGCUUCGUGGCUUAGUAGGUAGUAGCACUCAACCACUUUCUGAGAGGCGUGGGUUCAAUCCCCGUUCAAGCCUGAAUUUUUGCAAAUUUCUUUUACUGCGAUAAUUUUAAUGUCAGUAGGUCACCUUCGACAGUUACGAGUGCUCAAGAAUGAUGCUGGUGUUUUUAAUCAGCCUUGAGUUGCAUGUGUACUCACAGGACUAGAAGUCUGCACUCCUACUCAGUAUUAUUAACUAUUUCAGUAACAAACUUUCUCGUUUUCAUUGUUACCUAGAUGUCGCGAAUGAAAGUAACUAUAGGCUGGGAGUUUGUGCUGCCAUAUGAUAUAGAGUUUGUUCAAAAGUAAGUAUAACGUCCAAUUUCGCUCAGACUAAGGGCUUAACGCUCGAAACUACAGUUCAAAGUCGGCGACACAUCUGGCGAUUUCAUACGCCGAUCUCGGCGAUCGGGCGAAAAUCGCCAUGUGUGCCCGGUGCGGCGAUGGCGAUUUUCGCCGAUCACCGCGAUAGACGUAUAAAAUCGCCGAUAUCUGAUAAGCCUGAUAUUGGCGAUUUUAUACGCCGAUUGGAAUCGGCGAAUAAAAUUUGCCAGGUGUGACACCGGCUUAAGAAACUCUUUACGGUGGCCAAUUUACUUCAUCAACUCAGUUGGUAAAACCAAUUUAACUUGUAAUAUCCUAGUGAAUGACUCAUACCAAGAGAUAUCAAGAGAAAUGAACGGUCCGCCGAUUAUUUUAUCCUGGAGAAGCGUAUGAAACUUUGUAGAGAUUAGAUAUUCUCCCAACUGUGGCUUUAAGUACAAUUCUUUGCCUUUAUCGUCCUUGAACCCUCAUUUUGUUUUACUGUUCAUUAUCAAUCGAUGAGAUCAGUUCUUUAUUUGUUUAUUUAUUUAUCGGUAGGCACCCUGAUGUUUACAAACAACAGCUGACCAUGUGGGAAGCCAAGUAUCAAGUGUAAGUAUAUUUUCUUUUCCUUCUUAUCGAUAGAAAGUUAACCCUUUGCCCCGUCGAGGUAACUAGUAUGUAAUUUCUCCUCACAAUAUCGUCCCUGAAUCACAUAGUGAGGUCAUGAGAAAAAAGGAAAAUGAUCACUAAGUAAAAAAGCUCUUGAUUUUUCGACAAAUUCUCCUCCUCAACACCUUAGGAAAUUUAUUGAGAACAGUAUGGAGAAUGUGCAUACUGAUGUUAGGAUGUAAACGGCUAAGUCAACCGGAGCUAGUUCCGAUCUCUAAAGCGACAAAAAGGGUUGUUACUCCCCCUACAUGGACUCCUUGUCCAGAGCAGGUUACUCAAUCCUCUCUAUCGAAUUUAUCUGGUUUCCUCAGUUGUGCUGCGCUGGUAACCUUUUGUUUUCUCUGGAGGCGAGAGACUUUGAGAGUGAAGUGUUUUACCAAAGAACACAGUAACCUUGUAAUGUAUCGGUCUUGGAUAGAACCGCUGUAACUAUUAGUGUACUGCCCAUUAUUUGGGAUCACUUUGUGAUAAAGGUGACUGUCCUCAGGUUCACUGUAGUGGGGAGUUUCUUAACUUUUUCCCUAAGCGCUUGCCGAGAGUGUAAUUGGCGGCUGUGCCCCGAAAAGGGACCUUUAACCCCUAAGAGUGAUUCGCAUCUAAUUUCUCCUCACAAUAUCAUCCCUGAAUCACACAUUAAGGUCACAAAAAUAAAGAAAAUAAUCACCAUCCAAAGAAGCUCUUGAUUGUUAAACAAAUUCUCCCUCUCAAUACUAGGAAAUACAUAGAGAAUAGUGUGGAGAAUAUGCAAGCUGAUGUUAGGGUGUAAACGGAAAGAGGUCUAAGAGGCGGCAGUAGACCUUCAGUAACCAGCUGUUAUUAGCCCCUGCUACAGGAGAUUGCAAUACAUUCCUCAUCAACUUAAUUAUGUGCACUCUUAGCACCGACUGAAGUGUCUGAUCGACGGAGGUGCCCCGUUAAGAGACAGUCUAGUGUAACAGGCGACGUUAUUAAGACGUUACAGACGUUAAACUAUCAGAUCAAAUGAAUUAAAAGAACGUUUUUAUGCUUUUCGACUUGACCGUGGGACUACGAAAAAAUCUGAGGCCCACUUAAGGAGUCGUACCGCAGACUUUCGGACUUCGCAAUUCGACGUUCCAAUGAGUAUCAGAGAGUUACAACCGAGUUCUCUGUUGCUCAGUGGUCGGGCACCGCGCCGCAAAAUCCAAAAGUCUGGGGUUCAAUUCCUCGGCGGUAACUCUGAACUUUUUUCUUCGUCUUACGCUUGUGAAAAGAACGAAGAACGUCUUUGUAUAUUCGAUGACCGAGCGGGGAAAAAAAUGAUCUUUCUCAACUUUUCUUCUAAGUCUUCAAAAACAACUGAAUGUUCCAAAACAAGACAAGCUUGGAAUAGAUCUUAAGAAGAUAAACACUGGUGAGUUAUCUAAUUUCGUCGAGUCCGUGUGCUUGUUAUAAUGUUACGUCAGUAUUACGUGAUUGUUUCACGCUUGCUGCGUGUCUUGUAUGAUUGUUACGUUUGUGUUACAUGAUUGUCCCACGCUUGGUAUCUGUAUGUUUUGAUUGUUACGUUAGGCUUACGUGAUUGUCUGAGGCAUGAUGUGUGUCUGUUUUGAUUGCCACGUAAGUAUUCUUUUGUUUUUGUUUCAAGCUUGCCGCCUGUCUGUUAUGAUUGUUACAUCAGUGUUACGUGAUUGUCUCGCGCUUGAUGCGUGUUUGUUGUAACUGUUACGACAGUGUUACGUGAUUGUCCUACGCUGUUUUGAUUUUUACGUUGGUAUUCAAUUUUUCGUCUCGCGUGUGCCUCGUGUUUUUUUCAAGUGUCAAGUUGAUAUUACGUUAUUGUCUUGCUUUUCCUUUCCGUCUUUUAUAGAUUCCUGUCCCAGCAUAGGAAACAAAAGGGUUUCUAAGCCUUCCAAAUCCAAGUCGAAUCAUGUGAUGAACCACAACACAUCGCAGGAUGGAUCCACUGAGGAGGAACACUUACCAAUGGAAAUUGACUGUAAAGAAGUCGCUAGUAAUAAUAUGAAUCAUGAACUGCGUAAGGAACCUCUGGCGACAAAUGAUACACAUGUUCAGGAUUUGCUCAAAAUCUUACAGGACUUUGUUCGUGAGAAACUGCACAGAACAGUUUUAAGUUUAGCCGAUUUUAAAAGGCUGUUGCUUCUCCGGCAAACUGGUGAGUGAAGUAAUUAGUCAUUCGUUAGGGGAGAGUGGUUUACCUCCCCCCGCCCCCCGUCGUGUCUUACGGGAAUGUGAAAUUGAGCAUUGAAUUUUUUCAGUGGUACAGCAGUGCUGGUCGAAAGGAUUUUAUCGUAUAGCGGGUUUUGAUUUGAACAGAUUUUUACGAUUAGUUCUUGUAACAAAAAAAAAAUCAGAUCUAGAGAAAAUUUAUCACAGUAAGGUCGAUUAAGAAAUGAGAACAAUUCCCGGGAGAGUAGGCAAGUAGUAGGUAUUUAGACCCCCUAUGAUUUCUAAAGUAUUCAGCAAAAUGCUUUUAAGGAGAGAGUUGUAACUGACAGCUAACAAAAGACGAAAAUAUUACUUUAACUUAAGGUUUGAAUGCUCUACAAGAAUGAACAGAGAAAGUCAAGAAUUAGUUUUAGUAGAGAUUUUAGCCAUUUCGAGCGGCAAAACUUUUAUUUUCUCGUCACCAAUCUCUAAAAGACUUCUUUAAAUUUUUCAAGCUGCCUGAUGUGUGACUUGAAUGCCUGACUGCACGCCAAGCACUCAACUUUACAUGCACAAAUUGAACUGAAGUAGCAUUAGACUAGUCUUAAAUGUAACAAAAAUAGUGACAUCGAUAUCCUCGUUCUUGUAAAGCAAUAUUGAGGCCCCGUUAUGAUUAAUUUUUUUGUGUGUGAUCGGAUGAAACUGAGUGAGAGAUAAAAAGAGUCCUGACGGUGCGAAAAUAUCAAAUAAAUUACUGAAAAAAAAAUACUGAUAGGAUGCGGUCUAUGGCGUGAGGGCCAACAAAUUAUUUUCUCUUUGAACCUAAUGUUAAUCUUUUUUGUUAGCAAGCAGCCCAGGAGAUCCACUAUGUUCAGGAGUGCCCGACGUGCUCCUGGAAAAGGCGAUCCUCGGUACAGGAGCGACAGAAAUAGAUUUCAAGGUGAGUACGAAACCAUUCUGAUCAUUUCUCGGAAUUUGGCAGGAUGUACUUUUAUUCUUAUAAAAACAAUGCGGAGAAAAUUGUUCGCGUCUUUGUUUGUAAGCAUUUAGAGCAUUUUUUUCAUUACAGUGGCCCACAGAAGCGCUGUCAGGCGAUAUACAGUCACGCAGACUAUUUUCUUUCAGAAGCACAGGUGACUCGGCAGAUGAGGUGAGGCUUUCCACAAAAGAGGUUAUAUUGGAGCUUUCAAUUUGACAAAUAUCUUUUGCAGUAAUGUGUUUGACUACUCUCUCCCUCAAAGAAACUAACUUUAAUGAAAAAAGGUGCAAGAACGUCCUGAGACUUAUUACAAAGCUUGGUUGUCCCUAAUCCUCUACACUCUAAAAUCAGUAUGCUUAUUCUCCAUACUGAUCUCAAUACAUUUCCUCUGGUGCUGAAAAGGAGAAAUUGCUUGAUAAUGAAGAACUUCCCUAGUUGGGGAUCAAUUCCCUUCAUGCUCUUGACCUUAAUGUGUGACUCGGGUGAUAUUUUAGGGAAAUUAGAUGCUUGUCACUCUUAAGGUUUAAAGGGCUGAUGAAGGUAGUUAGUAUAUUUAUACCACUGUGUCUUAUGUGAAAAGCCCAAAUCACCUCGCUUUGUAUGCUUAUCGUUGGCAUUUAUGCUUUAGUAUCGAGCUCUGCUACUGGACAUGUUCAGCAAAUCCUGGGUCUUGACCAGGAAAGAAUUUAACGCCAGGGCCACGGAGCAGGUUGGGGCCGUGCCUGGAAGAAAGGAGUGGAUGACAAUCCAGCAGGUAAAUGAAUGUGAAGAUUCUGUUGGUAACUUGAAGGCUUAUCAGUCACUUAAGCCUUAUGGCACGUAAAAUUCUCGAGCCACGCGUGCGAAACAUAAACUGAAUAGUGCGCACUCAAAAUAAGGUAUAUUUAUAAUUACGAUAACAAUGAGUAAUUCACAAGUGUAGUUAAAAUGUUCAAGUUAUUUUGUUUUCUUUUUAGGAUUUGCUUGAGAGGAUGAGCAACAGGCAUAGCCAGUGGUAUCUGCGGGGAACAUCCACCAUUCUAACAAAUCUAUAGCUCCUGGUGGAUAAACCAUGUCGUUUUCUGCUCAUUGGCAGACAAGCUUCACGAAAGGCGAGGCUGACAUCGAGUCAAGCAUGCGCAUCACCCAGUUGACGUUCAGAGUUUGACUGUUCUCACCGAACAGUGUAAUAUGAGGACAAAAAAGCUUGGUCUUAAAUGAAUAUCUGCGGGCGAUAGUUUAUUUUUUUCCUCGGAAAAGACGUACGAAUUUUAUUCACAUAAUUGCAUAAAAGUUUGGUAGAAAGAAAUGAAACUACUGCAUGUAGUAAAUGAAACGCCGCGGCGGUUUAGAAAUUUAUAACUUUUCCGUUGAACCGUUUAUGUAAGGGCAGUGUCUAUUCCAAAAUCACAUUUUGUUAACACUGACAAUAAUCACGCUAUGUAAAACAAAGACAUGUUUAAGUUCCAAUUUUCUCGCAUUUUUUUUUUUUCCGCGAUAGAUUUAUAAUGGGCCUAAUUGGAAUAUCAGUGCAACAUGGCUUGGUUAGAUCAUUGAGUUUUUCCAAGAAUCCAUAAAAAAUGCUGCCCUCUGUUGUUUUAGGGUGGCAUUAUUCGUGGGCAGUGUCUAGCGGUUAUUUUACAUCCAAUUGCGCCUUGUUUUGGUGAGCGGUGUUUAUCUGAGUAAAUACGGUAAAUGAAAUUUGUCUCUUAAUUACAUAAUCCGUAACAAGCUUGUAGUCGCUGGAGAAGUUUGAAAAUUUACCUUGUUGUUUUUCUCGAUUGUCUCCUGUGACUGAGAAUGUCUUCACCUUGCAUAGUAACGUGUAGCAAAUCAUCGUCAACAGAGUAAAAAUUGCAGCUUAUUCUUCGGUUUUUUAGAACACUUUUUUUAUAUUCCGGUGAAACAAGAUCAAUGCAAAAAAAUUUUUAACCCCUCUGCUUUUUGUGACUCUAGUUUUCAAAGUAAUUCGUUCUUGCUGAAUUGAAUAUCUUUUAUAUUACGAAGAUUUUGUUUUAUCUCAGGCGUCCUAGAAUAUUAGAAUAACCUUGGUUCAGAAGUCUGGACAAAGUAAACUAUUGCUCGUAGAUAAAUGCCCUUUAUGCCGAAGGGCCUACCGAGUUAAAUUACAUCAGUGUGCAAACGCAAACAAGAAAGGCCUCUUUGAAGACCACUACAGAAAUCGAGUCGCAAUCCUCACCCACUGUGUGAAGCUGAUUCUGCCAGGGGCCUUUCACCACUGUGGCUGGCAAUAUGACCAGAUUAUUACUCUUCUUGGACUUUGUUCCUUGAAAGAGUUCAACCAAGAGGAAAACUAUUGAACAAUUUGAAACAAUGUAUACAGCAAUAGGACUUAUUUAUUAUGUGCUCAGAUUACAUUGAAUUGAAAUUUCACAUGUCAAAUGACUGUACUAGAUGUUUCAUAGCAAAAAAUUAAAAACGCAUUUCGUG